UGUUCCGCUUGGAUGGCCGGAGCAGUCAGGAGGCUGCUCGAGAGGGGAGACAGACAAGACAUCGCUUUCGCUUUUUGCGCUUCCCUUCUCGGGCUUUUUCUCCUGCGUGCGUCCCGCUCCGCGCUCUGCGAGGAACCGGAGCAAAGGAGGGGAGGGCAGGCGGGGAGUCAAGGAAGGGAGAGCUGACGCAUCUGAGUGAGUGGGCACACCGAGGCUUCACCCCCCCCCCAACCCCCCACCCCCGAUAUGCUACCCGCGAGACGCCUGCGCACCGCCCUCGACCCGCGCUGCUGACACCGAGAGGGAGCGACCCGGAGGAAGGAGGCAGGGAGAGCCGGCGAUGGAUGCAGAGUAGCGGCUCUGGAAGGGGGGCCACGCAAAAGCAAAAAGCGGAGCGGAAGCGUGUUUUUUUUUUCUUCUUCUUGUUUUGCGCACAAGCCAGAAAGAGACGCUGUUAUUAUUAUUUCGUUAUAUUUUUUUUUGUUCUUUGUUUCUGUGGCCCGGAGCGUCACAAGUGUGACAUUUAGUUUGGCGACAAAUUUCGGAUUACUCUGUGCCUGUAAUUUCCUGGAAGAAAUAACACACAACAGAUUGGCAAAGGAGAGAAGUGCAAAUCGGAUUCCAUACGUUUGUGAUUGGAUGUGAAAACACUUUUGACCCUUCAAAAUUGAAGAUGAUGUUACUAUGGAAACUGCUGCUGCUGCAGUCACUUAUGGGGUGCCUGGCAGAGAGGAGCGUCCUGCAGAGUCCCGCUUUCACCAAGCAGCCAGGCAGCAUCGUGUACCCUGUGGAGACGGUGGAGACCAACAGGGAGGUGGUGUUCAGCUGCGAGGCCCAGGGAAGCCCACCUCCCACGUACCGGUGGAAGUUAAACGGUACAGAAGUCACUCCCAAAGCUGGAUCUCACUACAGCCUUUCUGGAGGCAACCUCAGAAUCAGCCGCCUGAACAAAGACCAAGACGCCGGGACGUACCAGUGCCUCGCCUCCAACUCCUUCGGGACCAUCGUCAGCCGAGAGGCCAGCCUAACCUUUGCUUACUUGGAGAACUUCAAGACUCACAGAAGAAGUUCUGUCUCAGUACGGGAAGGUCAAGGAGUGGUUCUGCUGUGCGGACCUCCCCCUCAUUCUGGAGAUCUGAUCUUCUCCUGGAUCUUCAAUGAGUACCCGACGUUUGUGAAGCAGGACAACCGGCGCUUCAUCUCACAGGAGACGGGGAAUCUGUACAUCGCCAAAAUGGAGCCUUCGGAUGUUGGAAACUACACCUGUGUGGUGAUCAACACAGUCACAAAGACCCGUGUCCAGGGCCCGCCCACUCCGCUGGUGCUCCGCAGCGUCGGUGUUAUGGGGGAAUACGAGCCAAAGAUUGAAGUUCAGUUUCCAGAAGUUGUUCACGUUGCCAAAGGAUCCACUGUAAAGCUGGAAUGCUUCGCUCUUGGAAACCCUGCACCCUCCAUCAGCUGGAGGAGAGUGGACGGCGUACCGUUCCCCAGGAAGGUGGACAUGAGGAAGGCCAGCGGCGUCCUGGAAAUCCCGUACUUCCAACAGGAGGAUGCCGGCACGUACGAGUGCGUGGCCGAGAACUCCCGGGGGAUGAACACGGUGAAAGGAAAGCUCUCUUUCUACGCCCAACCUCAUCUCAUCGAGAAGCCCCAAGACGUCCAAAAGUUCAUCGAUGACUCGCUGGUGUGGGAGUGCAAAGCUACAGGGAAACCAAAACCCUCGUACAGAUGGAUGAAGAACGGAGAAAAUCUGGAAUCUACAGAGGAGCGUGUACAGGUUGCCAAUGGGAUUCUGUCAAUCAGUCGGCUAACCCUGUCCGACGCUGGAAUGUACCAGUGUGUGGCUGGGAAUAAGCACGGCGAGGUCUACUCCAACGCAGAGCUCCGAGUCAUAGCUGUUGCCCCAGAUUUUUCUCACUAUCAACUGAAGAGUCAGACGCUGGUGAAAGUGGGAGGAGACAUCCUCAUCGAGUGCAAGCCCAAGAUGUCUCCUUGGGGUGUGAUCUCAUGGCGGAAGGACAGCGAACCCCUGCAGGGCAGCAGCAGGGUCUCCAUCCUGGACAACGGCAGCCUUCGGAUAUGGAACGUGACCAAACUGGACGCCGGCCUCUACACCUGCGUUGCAAGAAACCAGUUUGGAGUGGCGAGCAGCACAGGAAGUGUAACAAUAAAAGAGGCAACCAUCAUCACCACGCAGCCCACAACGCUGGACAUCACCGUCGGGGAGAGCGUGGUCCUGCCCUGUCAGGUGAGCCACGACCCGUCUCUGGAGCUCAAGUUCACCUGGUUCUUCAACGAGCAACUCAUUCACUUCGGGAGCAACGGCGGAUUCUUUGAAAAAGUCGGAGGCCAGCACUCAGCGGGGGACAUUAUGAUUCGGAACAUCCAGCUGGGGCACGCAGGGAAGUACACAUGCGCCGUGCAGACCAAGGUGGACAGCAUCUCCAUAGCGGUGGACCUGGUUGUCCGAGGUCCCCCAGGCCCUCCCACCAGCAUCCAAGUAGAAGAAAUCACAGAUACCACGGCCUCUCUGUCCUGGAGGCCCGGUCCCGAUAAUCACAGUCCAAUUACAGCGUACACCAUCCAGGCCAGGACACCGUUCUCCCUGGGGUGGCAGGCUGUCACCACAGUUCCUGAGGUGGUUGGGGGCCACCAGCUGACCGCUGCUGUAACAGAGCUGAGCCCUUGGGUGGAGUAUGAGUUCAGAGUUCUGGCAAGCAACAGAGUCGGGACUGGCGAGCCCAGCAAGCCCUCCAAACAAGCGAGGACGAAGAGCACAACUCCGAAGGUCACACCGGCUAAUGUGAGCGGAGGAGGAGGCAGUCGCUCCGAAUUAGUCAUCACAUGGGAGCCUGUUCCAGAGGAGCUGCAGAAUGGGCCGGGGUUCGGCUACGUGGUGGCGUUCCGGCCUCAUGGGGCCACGGGCUGGAUGCAGGCCGCCGUGCCGUCCCCAGAGGCAUCCCGAUACGUCUUUAAAAACGAGAGCAUCCAGCCUUUCUCGCCUUUCCAUGUAAAGGUUGGCGUUUACAACAACGAGGGGGAGGGUCCGUUUGGACCGGUUACCACCAUCUACUCUGCUGAGGAAGAGCCUGGCCGAGCUCCCACCAGGAUCCGCGCCAAGAGCCUCUCUGCGUCUGAGAUGGAAGUGUCGUGGAAGGCUCUGCCCUGGAACACCAGCAAGAGGCGAGUGCUGGGAUAUGAGCUCAGGUACUGGAGUAGAAGCGAAAGGGAGGAGACGGCCAGCGUGCAGAGAACCUCUGGGAAUCAGACAUCCAGUGUUAUCGGCGGCUUAAGAGGCAGCACCGUGUAUCACAUCUCAGUGAGGGCCUACAACACGGCCGGAACGGGCCCUCCCAGCACCACCGUCAACGUGACCACCAAAAAACCACCUCCCAGCCAGCCUCCGGUUAAAGUCAUGUGGAACACAUCAAACUCCAAGAUCAUCCUGAACUGGGAGCACGUCAAAGCCCUGGAGAACGAGUCCGAAGUGACCGGUUACAAAGUGCUCUAUAAGAAGAAUCGACACAGCCGGCCCAGCGUCAUGGAAACCAACACCACCUCUGUGGAGCUCGCUCUUCCCACCGACGAGGACUACAUCAUCCAGAUAAAGCCGUUUGGAGAGGGAGGGGACGGAAGCAGCAGCAAGCAGAUCACCAUCCCCAAGAUACCAGGCCCCAACGCGGUGGGCUCGGCCUCCAAGGUCUCCACGCUGUCGGCCCUCAGCACAAUAGCUCUGUCUUUCACAGCACGAACAUCUUUAUGACAAAUGGCUCACAGCAGACGUUGCAUCUAACGUGGAGACAGCGAUCGGGCAGGAACACAAACGCAGCCCACUCCGGUGUAACUAGAUCCAUUCAUUUAGAUUUUAGCGGCAAAGGGAAGACACUGGCGGUAAAAAUGUCCAAACACGCCAUGGAGAGGACAGACAAGGAAUCCCUGUCAGCUACACAGGCCAGGUGGAGGAGAUUGACCGAUGUCGUGACUAUGUUGUUACCAAAGCAGCUUUCAUAAAAGAAACGUAAAGAAAAAAAAGUCUUAUAUGCAUCUUUUUGUAUGACAUGUUGAGCUUUUAUAGAUUUUUGUUUCCUUAAUGGGUUUGCAGAUGGCCUUGGCUUCAGGGGUGAGAACAGUUCAAUGCAUGAAAAAUGGCAUCGUCCUGUUUUACAGUCUGAAAGUAAAGAACACGAUUCAACAGUUCCCCUUCUGUCUUUUAAGAUAAAACACAACUUAGAACUUUGAUAUUUUCUGCAUUCCAGUGUAUUUAUUAUAGUCUUUUCAUGAUGAAAGCACACCAUUAAUGCUAUAGCAGUUUCCACCAAGUUGAUAUCAAAAUAGAAAAUGUUAAAAAACAAAAAUGGUAAACCCUCAAAUCCCCAGACACAUACGAAAUACACAAAGCUCUUGAAAUUAGAUGGGGUGUACUUUCUUUUUUCAAAGACUAUAUGUAAUCAUCAUGCCCAGUUCACAUUUUGGGCCAAAGUGUCACUUUUUCAGCGUAAAGGGAGUAGCAUCAGAACGCUAACGCUUUAGCGCCUCAUAAUCAGCAGCAAGCUGCAAAAAAAGCUUAAGCUAGCUGAAAAUGAUGGGGAUACAUUAUAUCAGCUGCUGCAGAGUGAAAACAUAAACAAUUAUUCCUCUGUUACUACUUUACUCAAUGACACUAACAUUAACAUAUGAAAUUAUACACUCACUGUAAUCAUUUCUUCUACCCAGAAGAAGAAGCCUGGCUGAAACGUAAAUAUAGAGUUUUUACAGGUUCUGACAUUUUUAGUCUUUGCUACAGUGGCCGCUGUCAGUCUCUUGUUUGGUUUGGUGCCCUGUAAUAACAGAGUUAUAUCAUUGUAAUUGUAAACAUAAAUUGGAAUAAAUUAAAUUAAUUAAUUGAGACUAAAUCUUUUAGCCGAACAUGGAGGAUAACUAUAUUUUAAAGCUGGUUCAGUGUUGAGUAACCAACCAUUUCAAAUAAACCGUGCACCAUUUCUGAUACACAGGAUAGUCAAAUAUUAUGGUCAGAAAGAUGUCAGAAGCUUGUUCAUGGUAGCAGUUUUGAUCAGGGGUUUUUAUGUCGGGUUCUGUUGAGAUGUGAUCAUUUUUGACUGACUCAGCUUUAAAUCACAACUGCUUUAAAUUAGAAUUGUGUGGGAUAUAAAACUGAAAUCUAUUGCUUAAUAGAUGUGACAAGAGAGAUCAAAAACCUUUAAUUGAAAGAAAAAAGUGCUCUCUUCAUUGUCCUUAACUAAUAAAGAUUAGUGCCUGAUUUUAACGCUGCUGUUUAAGGAAUUUUUUAACUGUGAGAUUUCCUUGUAAGAACUCAGCUGACAGAGGAGAGUCUCAUCAGUUUAGUUGGUGUUCUUCAGUGUCCCAGGUCUGCAUUCAAACUGCUAAACUGAUGUGUCCCAGACCACCUAAAAUGGUCUGAGAGAAACCAUCCUGAAAACCUUUGGAUUGCAUUUCCACCCGUCAUCAGGUACGAUCAGAUAUCUUCAGACCGUGUUAACACCACAUCUGAAGCUUACAGUUUUCUCUUUGAUUAAACAGAGAUUCGUUUCCCAUCUAACACCUAGUGUCAUCAAAGCAGAGGCCUGGGUGAGGUAUUGGUUGGCCAUAGCCACUUAGCAGAACACCACUUCAAAAACCCACUUCAAAGAACUAUUCCUUUUUAAGUUUUUGGUGUCAGAAGUGACAUCCAAGAUACCAACGUUUUCAGAAUCGCUCUUAUGAGCUUAACCUGUCGCUCAGAGCAGUUCCCCUAAGAUCUAUAAGUAACUUAGUCUUAAAGUCUGAGGUCUAAGCUGUUAAGGGGUGAAGAGAGACUAUCUGAAGUUUUUAUUUUAUUUUAUUUUAAUGCCAAAUCUUCAUUUGUUUAUCCUCACUGUGCUGCAGAAGAUUUGGUAUUCAUAUACAGAGACAACAAUUUUAGAAGUUUAAGUCUUGCUUGUCAUCUUUUCUUAUGUUUACACCUGUGGUGUGAACCUUCAGUGCACUAUAUGUUCCUUUUAAGGGUUUAAUUAUUAUCUGAAUUAGUCAAAAAGAAGGUUGAGCUGCCAUAAUUUGGAGCCAGUCCAAGCAUUAAGCAUGCAGAGGUGGGCGAAUCCUCAUCAAGGCCAACAGGCAGGGCAGAACUAGACAUGAAAUGUUAUUCCAGCAUUGCUACAAUGUUUGAGUAGCAAUUGUGUAAAGUCCCUUGCUGCAGUGCAGCAUAUGAGUUCUUUUGAAGUUCCAUCAUUUAUGUCAAGGAAUUUUUUUCAGGAUAAGACAUGAAUCUAGAUAAGUUAUUCAUGUAUUUAUUUAUUUAAAUCAGCAUAUUUUAAUACAUUACUAAAACUCAUAAAAGACUCUCAAUAAAGUUAUGGCGUUAUGGAAUAACUAUAUGAUUCACUGAACCACAAAUAAUGAGUUUUGGAUAGAAGGAAAGAUUAGGACGAUUUUUGACUCUUUACCUUAAAGACUACCAAGUAAAAGUCCAAGUAAAAGCUAAGUGGUAGAAUAAAAAAAACAACAAGAAAUACUAUUGGGAACCAUUUUAAAAAGGUAGUUCAGAUAUUUUGAAGUGAAGUUUUAUGAAGAUGUUAUCAGAAAGAAAAAAAAAAACCUCAGUGGUGAAAGUCUGACACUUCAUGCUCCCGUACUGGAGGGCAUGCAGUGUGUGUUCUGUGAGCCACGCAGGACUGUUGGGAUUUUAUAGUUGAGCUUACCGAUUGCCUGCAUUCCUCCUGACAAAUUCCUUCAUUUCCCACAAUCCAAAGGGAUACUAAUUAGGCAGCCACCGCACACGUUACUGAGGCACAGAAUGGUAGUGUAGCGUCCAUGACUGCUGUUAACGCCGAAUCCCCACCUUUAGUCUAACUGACAUGUUAGUCGACUGGAGCCACUGAAAACAACUCGAUCUAAACUUGUUGACAUCAAUGGCAUAUAAAGCUGAUAUUGAAUAUUAAUUGACAAGUCUUACAACUAACAGUUGUUAAGUUUGUUUCUGUAUUCCCAGCUGAAAAAUGUCUAGUGAGUCAGAGCUUUGUAAGCUACAUCUGCUAAGAGUGGUGAUAACUAUUUGGGGCAGGUUGUCACCCAGGUAACUACAUGGGACAUGCGUCUCUGUGCCUUCUUCAGGUUUUGUACUCGUCCACAAAUCUUUCCAAAGGACUGAUGAUCAGGGUCGAUGCAAACAACUUCAUUUUCCUAAGAAAACAUCACAAACCUUAGAGUGGUAUCUAAUCAAAUUAUAGAUGUUUAAUAUUGUUGGAUUCCACAAAUCUGAUCAUUUUUAGUGUGAGAUGCUAAGACAAACUCAAACUCUUCCAUCCCCUCUAGAGUUUCUUCUCUUUACUACAAACUGCAAUUCAAUUUCUGUCUACGACAAGUAAAUAUACUAUUCAUUGGUUUGUAGAAAUUCUUUAAAAAUUCUGAAUCAACCCUUUAAAAACAGGUGAGACAGAUAUUGGAGGCUAGAGCAUUAGCACAUUUUCAGUGCCCAUCCUCAAACACCAGAAACCUGAUCAAAUGUUUAGACACAUCCUGAUGACAAAGGUUGGAAAAGCUUGCAGUGGAGGGCCUCUCUCUCCAGGGCCCUCCACCUGGGGCCCCUGAGCUCCACUGAUUGCAGGACCCUCAUGGCUGUCUCUCAUGCCCCUCAUUCUUUCAGUUAGCCCUGUGUCUAGAGCUCUUCUUUGCCUUCUGUGUGCCUCAUCAUAUGUUCAGAAUCCUCAGGUCCUUAAAGAGCCUUAACUUAUCGUGAGAAUAUCAAAAACACUAGAAGCAUAGAACUUUGCAGCGGCAGCAGUGUUCAAGCGCAGGUGGAACAUCACACAAUGGGUUUGGGUUGGGAGGAGGAAAAAGGAAGCGACAUCCUUUGUCGACAUUACAGAGGUUAGAAAUGGGCAAUUUAUGAGACCAGGUGUGUUUUUUAAGUGGAUGUUCUGAAUAAAGGACAAUGCUGCUGAUUUUUUCCUUUCUCCAUCGUCUCCUGAUGCCAUGUGGGACUGCCACGCUACUCGGAGAACGCUGCAGUCUCAUUGUAGCUUGUAAUCCAGUUAAGUAGUUUGUAGUACUUUGAAGGGAAAUGUACUGUAGGCUGCUGGGGAUCAUGCAUCAAGAAAUGUAUAAAAUACAGUUUUGUACACUUCAGAUCAUUUAUAUAAAAAGAAACCUUUCUAAAGAGAUAAUUUACUCUGUUUUUAUGUAAACGACUCUUGUUUCAUACUGUAGUUAACUGUUGCUCAGCAUGACUGUACUCGUCGUCUCUCUACUGUCACCCGCAAAGCGACUGAAUGGCUUUAGGAACAUGUGAGGUCCAUGCAUCCGGCAGGUCUCUGUAUGCUGAACCAUUAACAGCCCCGUGUCUAUGCUUCUGUCCAAGUCGGCCCUUCAGAGAUGUACUGCUUUGACUGUCCGUAUGCGCUCUGCAGGAGACGUCCCUCUGUUGCUGUUUGUUGUUUAUACCGUGUGAAUAAAGAUAACUGAUUUAUAGAACAACA